ACCGCGGUCCAGAAGAAUGCACCACCAUGACCACCGCCACCCAACAUCGCCACACCUAAAGCCCACCGACCCCGAUACUCACGAAACUGUCAUCCUCACAAGACGCCUAACAUGAAAUCUGUGCCGCAGGGCUCUCCUGCUCACACGAACUAUCUUCCGGACGAGCUUUUACUUCAAGUCCUCGCCUAUGUGGAGUCGUUCCAGCAAUCAGACCUCGCGCAUUUCUGCCUCGUCUCAAGGCAAUGGUAUAAUAUAGGAAUCGGCUCACUCUACAGGGAGCCUGUCCUUGUUGGAAAAGCCUACGAUCUCUUUGUUCGUGCCAUUUGCCCCUCCCGGAAUAUACACGUCAAGAAAAGUGACUUAGCUGGCCUAGUCAAAGUCCUUGAUCUUUCACGCAUCGUCCACCAGGGCAACAAAGCCACCACCGCCCGCCUCCUGAACCGCACCAAACCCUCACUCGAAUGUUUCAUUGCGCCACAAGCGUCCUUCGGCGUCAACUGCUGGGCCGCCCUUUCGAAAUGCAAGAACCUCCGGCAUCUAGACCUCUCCCUCGUCUUCACGACCAUCUCGUUCCAAGAACUCGGCCACACUGUUUCUCAAUUACCUAACCUCCGCCGCCUCUAUUUCCCCCGCUGUUCCACGAAGGACGAGGACGCUUCCGGCUCUGCAAUAGCACCGUGGAAGUGGUCAGAGGAAAUGCAGCACAUACAGUUUUCCGGCAAAAUCAGCGGCUCCAUAAUCAGCAGCAUCCUCAACGACUCCCCCCACCGGCCUACGAAGCUAACCAGCCUCUCAUUUUCCCAUUGCGCCGUCCUGAACCACACGGACGUCCUCUCCACCGUCUCCAUCAACGCAGAAACACUCACCCACCUCGUAGUCCGCAAUGUUCCCUUCGUCCAAUCGGGCCAGCUCAACACCAUCCUCGAGUACGUUCCGUGUCUCAAGAGCCUCACCAUGGCCGUAGAAUUCAUCGACAUGUCCUUCGGCCUCCCAGACGACCUCGACCCCGACAAAAAGUACGACAGCAAGCCCCUAGAGACACUCACCCUCGUCACCAAUCAGCGCACCAGUGGGUAUGGCCACGGCGCAUUCGGCGCGGAUGAUCUGUACUUGCUGGUUAGGGCACGCACGCUCGGACGUUUGCGGUACUUGAAUCUCGAACGUGCUGUAGGGUGGAGCGAGGAGGAUAGAGAGUGGGCGGAGCAGAUAUUGACGGAUCUCGACUCCAGUAAUUGGAAGAAUAGAUUGUGGCAUUAUGAGCCGUUUAAGGGAAAGUAUGAGGGUUGGAGUUGGGACGAUUGGAUGGAGACUGUGGAGGGGAGGCGGAUGGCGCCGCGAUUCAGGGUGUUGGAGCAUUCGUAUGCGUGAGGGGAGGGGAAGUAAAGACGAGAGACAUGAUUUGGAUGGAGUUCUAUCGUCUCUUUUCCGGCUGAACAGCGCCUCUACGUCCUCAGUACUGCUGUUUUCACAUCUAAUCAGACUCCCAGAAGGUGAAACAAUAUAGCAGACCUUGCAGGUGGCUUUAGAGCGCCUCUAUUUGUGUAUAAAUGUUCUAGAACAGAGUUCGACUCGUAGCAUUGUUAGGU